AAAGCGUUCGACAUUGCGGAAAUAAGAAGGACGCGUCGCACUACAGUUUAUUCGAAUCUAUUCUAAAUACAUGGCUUGGAAAGUUUCCCUCGAAUAUAUUGCCUAAACUUUUCGUGCUUAUCUGAUGCGAUCUGAAGAGCUCUGGUUCCGUUAUUUUUUCCCCGUCGAGUUCCUUCCUCAACUGGCACUUGGCAUCGAGGAAGCUUGGGAGGUGCGGCGGGGCAGAACACCUGAGGACCUACCUGACCUACAAACUUCUUCAGGCAUUUGCUAGGGGAUCACGGUGCUGAAAGAGGCGAAAAGGUAACAAAGUCAUCAUGUCUGGAAGACGUAGAAUAGAAAAAUAUGAACCAAUCAAUUGGCAUGAAAUCUUCCAGAGGAUUGACAGCGAUGGUGAUGGCUACAUCUUGCGGUCAGAACUGAAGAAAUACUUGCUUAAUACCCCUGUCAGUGAUGUUCCCUUAACAGAUGACAUGGUUGACAGUAUGCUAUACCAUGUAGAUUAUAAUAAUGAUGGGUAUAUCAACUUGCAAGAAUUUUAUGCACUGGUAAAUGUUCCAGUUGAUGCUGGCACACGGUCAGUGGUACAAAGAACACUUGUUGCAACAGCAUUUUCUAUUGCACCAAGAUCCCAAGUGUCUCAUGGAGAUCGGCAUUAUAUUGCUGAGUACUCCUGUUGCCCACCACCUUUGGUUAUUCCUUUGUUUUGUGCUGCUGAGGUAGGUGUAUUUAUAUACUAUGCUGUGAAUAUGGGAAAUGUUGGUCCAUAUUCCCCUGUCCCAUGGAAAUCUCCUCUGAUUUAUGAUCCGAAACGACGCCUGGAGGCCUGGAGAUUCAUCUCUUACAUGUUCCUUCAUGCUGGUUAUGUCCAUCUGCUGUCAAAUGUAAUGGUGGCUUUGUUUGUGGGCAUUCCAUUGGAGAUGGUUCACCGCUGGUGGCGACUUCUCAUCCUGUACAUUGCAGGAGUUAUUGCUGGAUCUCUAGCUGCUUCUAUGUUUGAUCCACAUGUGAGUUUAUUGUACAGGUUUUGGUUGCACAAACAAAGACCAUAUAAUUUCUCUCAUUAUGAAAAGAAACAGCAAACAUCUACUCCCACAUAGAUAUCAACCCCAUUAACUUUUGAUAAAGAAUGUUAGUGUUCACUUCCCUGCAAAUGGGCAAUUGUCUGGCUUAUGGUUGGGCUCUUGAAAGCUCAUCCCAAUGAUCAGGACAUAUGCUAAUAUUCAGAGACACUUGGGACACCUUAGAUGGAGAGUGGGACCAGCAUUUCAUGCCCAUUAGCCAAUUACUUUGAGCUGUCUCAUGGUGCAGCCAAUGGUGAUUAGUUGAUGGCUCUCCAUCUAAGAUGUCCCAUGUGUCUCUGAAUAAACAAUUUUUUGGAGGAUGUAAUAGGAUAUCACCCACUGACACUGAUUUAAACAGUAUUAUUCUAAAGACAUGAAUAACAAUAAUUUUCAUGUAUAUUACAUAGUGUUAUUGUGUAUUUUCAUAUCAUGCAUUAUUAUCUUAGAGAAUAAAAGAAAAAAAAGUUGAAAGUAAGCUGUAUUUGUUCAUGGUAAGUAUGAUUAUAGCUUUUUGAAUAUUGAAUCCCAAUUUAUAGAUACAUUCAUUAGUAUUUAGUUAGAAACUCAAGUCAGUCCUACCCCUUGUAUCUCAUCCUUGUAUAGCAACCCUAUAACAUACAAAAAAUAUAAUUAGAAAACAGACCUCAUAUUCAGAUAUCUUUAGGUUAAAAAAAAGAAAAGAAAAGAAAGAAAGAAAGGG